UGGAAAUGAUCUAGCGUGGCCAAAGUAUCAUUGCUGGACAUUGGCCGCGAUAGGAGAUCAUUUUUUGGAACGUUUUUUGGAUAGUCAAAUUAUUUUGCGCUUCGAUGUCGCACUGUAUGUUUUUUCGUCGCAUAAUAUGCUGUAAUAGUUACAGCCUGAAUCGCAACCUUGAACUUCCUCGCUGGUUAUAAAUACCCACGCGCCGUAGUCCGACCCAUUUUGCUUCUGGCUCGACAUUUGGAACUGCAAUCUUCCCUCUCGAUUCCGAUUGUCGUCGCACCGUCAUUUAUGCGCUUGUAUUAAAAUAGUAGAGAGUGGGGGGACAUUCCAUUCGUAACUGGUAGGCGCACAGCUGUUCCGUUUCACCAUGGGCGAACCGACCGCGGAUGUCUCAAUGGAAGACAUCGAAGCGAAACCUAACGUCUUUUCGCCACCUUCUUCUCUGGAAAUCAUGGGUGUUCUGCCCGCACUGGAAGCACCAUUGAAAAUACUGGUUCUGACCACUUCCCCCAAUGGGCCACUGUUAAUCGAGUCUCUCCAAAGACUACCUGUGAGUGAAGGCACCCAGAGUCCAGUUGGCGAGACGGAUACAGAUCCUGUACAUUCCGCAACUCCUGUUGUUCCCGAAGAAUCGAUUGUACCGCCUAUAUCCAAUGGGGAUGCGACAUACGAGAUGCCCAUUUCUUCGCAUGAUAUCGACCAUCCAUACUGUGCAAAGCCCAUUGAACUGAAGUCUGAAACUGCCGAAUCUGAGAAGAACUCCAUUCCGGAGGCUCAAUCACCAGAAACGGAAAAAAGCUCCUCCUCCUCUUCCACAGCGCGGCCAGCAAGUGUCAAGACCGAACUGUCGGAAUUAAUAAAGGAAAUCCACAGCAGUGUAUUCGAAGAGCACAAAACGCAUCCUUCUCCGGUGUGGGCAAAACGCAAACUGCGAAGCUGUUAUGUGGACGACCGAAAAAGUGUUCCCACGUGCGCUGAUUUACUGGAUGCGUACGAGAUUGAUGCUUUUCUCAUUCCGGAAAUGUCGGUUCAGGAUGUGGCUGCGCUGGUACUAAAGUUGUUUGGUCCGAAGCGGAAAUAUUUGUCCAAAAUAUUUGAAGACGAGCAAAUCGACGGAGCCGGGUUGAUGCUGCUGAGUUUGAGCGGAUAUCUUGACCUUUUGAAAAUUCCUAUUGGGCCGGCAAUCACUUUAGACGGAAUUUGUAAACGAGCUCGGGAACUGCGACAGAUUUCAGCUCCUGCCGAUUGACUCAAAUUAUGUUGUUUUGAUUCAGUAUAGUGUUUGAUUCGUAUUGUGGUUUCUGUGUGUGCGUGAUGUUUUUAUUUUAAUUUGUAGUUCAGUGAAUAGUUCUCAGUAUUUUGUUGUGCGCUUUUACUUUAUAACCGAAUUCUCCAGCAGGUUAGUACAAGUCUGUGUUUUAACUUCUGAUUUCAUUUGAGUUUGCGAUGGACGUUCGGAAGUUUUGAUUGUCUUUUUGUGUUUUCAUGAUGUUCAUUUGUAACCGCAUGGAAUUUAAAAAUAGUUAUGAGACCAAAAAUAUUAAU